AUGGGGAUCCCCAACCUGCUCCGCUUCAUGAAGCCGUUCAUCGAGCCCGUGCACAUCAAGAAGUACGCCGGCCAGCGGGUCGGCAUCGACGCGUACUCCUGGCUCCACAAGGGGGCCUACUCCUGCAGCAUGGAGCUGUGCAUGAGCCCCAGGAGCGCCGGCGCCAGGCGCUACAUCAGCUACUUCAUGCACCAUGUCAACCUCCUGCGGCACCACAAGGUCGUGCCCGUCGUCGUCUUUGACGGGGGCAGCAUGCCCUGCAAGUCGGCCACGGAUGAAGACCGGCAUAAGAAGAGAGAACUCAGUUUGGUGUUGGGGAAAGAAAAGCUUGAGCAAGGAAAUACAGCUGCUGCAAUCGACCUUUUCCGGAUUUUAAAGACAGAAAAUGUUGAGUUCGUGGUUGCUCCAUACGAAGCAGAUGCACAGUUGGCAUAUCUAGCUACUCUAGAUGCUGAUCAAGGGGGCAUAGCUGCUGUUAUAACAGAAGACAGUGACUUAAUAGCAUAUGGUUGCACUGCUAUUAUAUUUAAGAUGGAUCGCUUCGGGAAUGGUGAAGAAUUCAGAAUGGAGAAAACCUUGAAGACUGUAAAAGAUGGUCUUUGCUUCCAGGAUUUUGAUCAAAACCUUUUUACUGGAGAGAUCAACGCAUUGACCUUGCCGGGCCCAACUGCCGUCGACGCCACCAUGUCGCUAGGCAGCGCCACCACCCUGCGUGCAUCCAUCAACACGUCCAUCAUUGAGAACCCGCUCCGCCACGCCGCCGAGACCCAUCGUCGCCGACGCGGUAGAUGUCACACCACACCACCUCCUGAUCCAGAUCGCCACCAACACCAACCCAAUAGUGUCCAUCAGCCACUUAUCUCCCAAGGCGGUGCCUUCAAGAAGGGAACGACGCUGAAGGCGUCGUCGCCGCCCACCGCAGUUAGGGCUUUCACCUGGGAGACAAAUGGUGUGAUGGAGGACCGGCAACUCUUGCGUCCCAGAUCCGUACGGAGAAGCACACCGAGCAUGCACCGGGUGAACAAGACCGCCGGGCACCUGCUGACCAAUGGAGAGCCGUGGAGCCAACAGUGUCCUGAUCAGCUGGAUGGAUUGGCCGGAUCCAAUCCAUGUGCCCACCACCGAGCACAUCACAACCAGGUGCAGGGCGGAGAUGAAGCUUCCAGGAGGGAGGGAGAAGGCCCUGCUGCCGCCGCCUGCCACCGGUGGCUUUGCCCGGCGCUGACUGGCAGCGGUAUGUGUGUCCUUGCAGGAUGCGACUUUCUUCCCUCGGUGCCUGGCAUUGGUACUAAAAGGGCAUAUUCUCUCAUCUCAAAACAUAAAAAUAUUGACCUUGUGUUAUCAACCUUGAAGCUUGACAAGCGGUAUUCCAUGCCGGAUGAUUACAUUGAUUCCUUCUGGAAAACUCUUGCAGUAUUCAAUCAUGCUAGAGUAGCGCUAGCCCCAUCAAUGGCAAGAGCGAUAGCCGAGGGGCGCUUGAAUCCUGUUACAAUGGAGACCUUUGACGAAUUCUCCAGAACCAUUAGCCCCGUCGAGUUUAUUGAUACCUCUGCUCUCAAUGUGGCUAGUCAGUAUGGUUCUCAGGAAAUUUUGACACAAGAGAGCACUAUUACUAUCUGUUCAUCUGAGGAAAGCAGAGAUGACAUCGCAGCAUUUGUUGUUGAUGACAUUACUAGUGGUGAACAGAAGUGCAACAAAGGAGUCCUUGCCCUUGGCAAGUUUCUACCGCAGAAGCAUUCCUCUCCGGCAGUGGAAUGCAAAGAAGUGAAGCCUAAGAACACACCUGACAACAACCCAUUCAAGAAGAGGAAAUUACCCACUGACCAAGGUAAAGUACCAGAUCAAAACGAGUUGCUAAUCGAUCUGGAUGAAGAAGAAGCAGUUGUAUUGUGCUCAUCAUUGUCACGAGAGAGUGUUGGCCCAGCAGAAUCUCUUGAUAGAAAUGGAGUGUCAACUGGAUUGUGUUGGCCGUUGACACAAGAAAGUGUGGCGUCUAUUCCGAAUGAGAGAUCAUCUAAGAGGCAAAGUCAGCAGGAAGCUAUCAGGAAUAUAACCAACAAAAAUAAAGAUGAAAGGAGUGGACUUCUGAAAUUUUUCAUGCGUUUGUAA